AUGGACACUGCUGCUGGUGUUGAUUAUGAGAAAGAGGACGUGACUGUCCCCUGGCCGGAUGGGCGGAAGAGUGAGCUUGUGGCUCUUGAUCCAUGGGCGCUUGGCCUCCGUGAACGCCCAGUUCGCGAUCAUCAAUCCCUCCAUGAGAUUGAUCACAUUAGCUCCACUGGCAGUGGUGCCACGGUUGCUCCAUCCUAUGUGGUCACUGUGUUCUUCAAGGAAGACAGGCCUCGCCAGUUCCGUGGAAAAAGUGGUGGCCUCCGCAUUGAUGGAUCGUGGGACGAAUGUGAUGACGACGACUACCAUGAUUUUGACAAUUUUGGUGGUGGAGGUGGCCGUGCCAAGAAGCCGCGUACCACCCCCAAGAAGGGUAGCGGUGAUGGUGAUGAUGACGUUGACAUGGAUGGAGGCAAGAAGCCCUCUACUCCCAAGAAGCGGGCUGCCACUCCCAAGAAGCCUCCUUCUUCUUCCUAUUUUGGCUUCAUGUCUUUCCUCUUUGGCUAA